GUUAAUGAAAUAGUCUCCGAUUACAACAUAGAUUUACUGUCCCUCACUGAGACGUGGCUGCAUCCUGAUGAAUAUGUCAGUCUAAAUGAAUCUACUCCCCCCAGUCAUAUCAAUUCACAGGUUCCUAGAGAAAUUGGGCGAGGAGGUGGAGUUGCGAGGAGGUGGAGUUGCUGCUAUUUUUAACUCCAGUCUAUCAAUUAAUCCUAAACCUAAACUCAGCUACAAAUCAUUUGAAUGUCUGGUUCUUAGUCUUCCACGCCAAUCCAGGAACCACCAACAGCCAAUCAUAUUUGCCGUAGUUUACCGUGCUCCCAGGGCUUAUACUGAAUUUUUAAAGGAAUUCCCUGAGUUUUUAUCAAACUUAGUCCUAAAGACCGAUAAAAUUAUUAUUGUUGGUGACUUUAAUAUUCAUGUUGAUAAUAAUAAAGAUUGCCUUAGCGUAGCAUUUAUUUCAAUACUAGACUCUAUUGGUUUCAGUCAGUGUGUGCACAAACCUACUCAUUGUGGUAACCACACACUUGACCUUGUAUUAUCGUACGGUGUCGGAAUUGAAAAUUUAACAGUACUUCCGCGCAAUCCAGUUCUAUCAGACCAUAAUUUAAUAACCUUUGAUUUUUCAAUAACUGAAUAUAUGCCACUAAUAAAAAAUUCAUUUUCUAGAUGUCUACCUGAUAGUGCUGUAGCUAAAUUUAAGGAAAUAAUCCCAAUUACAUUUAAACCCGUAUUAGCAGUAGAUAUAAACAACAAAUUCUUUAAAACCCUGAGCUCCAUUGAGAUCGACCACCUCGUCGAUAGCUCUGCAGACUCAUUACGAUUAACAUUAGACUCAAUAGCGCCUCUAAAAAAGAAAAAUGUCAAACAUAGUAAAUUAGCUCCGUGGUAUAAUUCCCAGACAAAUGAGUUAAAACAAUUAUCAAGAAAACUAGAAAGGAAGUGGCGCUCCAGCAACCAUGUUGAAAACCUAAUAGACUGGAAGAAUAGUGUUAAAGAAUAUAAAAAGGCUCUCCACAAAGCAAGAGCCGCCUACUAUUCAAAACUAAUAGAAGAGAAUAAAAACAACCCCAGGUUUCUCUUCAGCACUGUAGCCAGACUGACAGAGAGUCACACCUCCACCGAACCCAGUAAGAUUAAGAUGCAUUUAUUCGUCCCAAACACAUGCACAGUCAUGCAAAGGCACACUCAUGCAGGUAGGGAAAUUUAAUCUCUGCUUUUGACCCAUCUUGUGCAGUACACACAGAGCAGUGAGCAGCCGCGUACAGGCGCUCGGGGAGCAGAUGUUGGGGGAGUAAGGUGCCUUGCUCAGGGGCACUAGACAGGGUAGGGAGACUCUUGGAUUUUUGGACAGAUCAAUCCAGGUUCGUCUUUUGUUGUCUCUCCGUGGAGUCGAACCAGAGACGAACCAGAGUCCUUCUCUGCCCAUAGUCCAAGUUUCUGCCACUAGACCACCGCCUCUCCUAGUAUUCCUCCAUCCCUAAAUAGCAAUAUCUUUAUGACCUUUUUUAAUGAUAAAAUUCAAACUAUUAGAAAUAAAAUCAACCAUCUCCUGCCCUCAAUUGGCACUAAUACCCUCCCAACA